AUGCCGCCGAAGCAGGAGCGGCAGCUGUUCAGGUACGUGGGCAAGCCGCGUGGCUCGGGGCGGCCGCCUGCGCCGGUCCCCGAGGUCAGCGGCGGCGAGGUGCCCGCGUCCGACGCUGAUGCCGACGCCGUGUACCGCAUGGUCACGGCGGCGCCCACGCCGUCCGCGAUGGAGUCCGCGCUGUCCGCGUCCGCGGUCCCGGUCUCCGCGUCGCUCCUCGACGGCGUGCUGCGGAGGUUCCGCUUCGCGCACGGGGACCCGCUCCGCGCGCUCUCGCUGCUCUCCCACGCCGCCGACCGCCACGGCGUCGUGCCUUCCCCCUUCACGCUCGACACCGCGCUCUACGUGCUCGGCCGCGCGCGCAGGUUCACCCACAUGUGGGACCUGCUCCGGUCCUCCCGCCGCCUCAGCCCGGACGCCAUUACCCCGCGCACCGCCAUGGUCGUCCUCGGUCGCGUCGCCAAGGUCUGCUCCGUCCGAGAGACCGUCGCCUCCUUCCGCCGCCUCUUGCGGAUGUUCAGCGGCCGCGGGGACGACCAGGUGGGCCAAUUCUUCAACGCGCUGCUCCGCACGCUGUGCCAGGAGAAGAGCAUGUCCGACGCGCGCAACGUCUACCACGCGCUCAAGUACGAGUUCAAGGUGAACCGCCAGACAUUCAAUAUCCUGCUGUCGGGGUGGAAAUCAGCCGAGGACGCCGAGGCGUUCGUCGCCGAGAUGAGGGAGCUCGGAGUGGAGCCAGACUUGGUGACUUACAACAGUCUGAUUGAUUGUCACUGCAAGAACCGGGGCAUUGAGCAAGCCUACAAGCUGCUCGAUGAAAUGCGGGAGAAGGACAUUUCUCCUGAUGUUAUCACUUACACGAGCUUGAUCGGUGGACUGGGGUUGAUUGGCCAGCCAGACAAGGCAAAGCACUUGCUGAAGGAGAUGCAUGAGCUUGGAUGCUACCCAGACGUAGCUGCAUACAACGCAGCGAUAAGGAACUUUGUGAUUGCAAAGAGGCUUGGCGAAGCGUUUGCACUGAUGGACGAAAUGGCCUCAAAGGGAUUGAUGCCAAAUGCCACAACCUACAACCUCUUCUUCCGUUGCUAUUACUGGGCGUAUGACAUUACCAGUGCUUGGCAGUUGUAUGAGCGGAUGCGUUCUGAAGGAUGCUUCCCUAAUACCCAAUCUUGCAUGUUUAUUGUCAGGCUAUGUCAUAGGCAUGGGAGGGUCGCACAAGCACUAGAGCUGUGGAGUGAUAUGGUCAACAAUGGGUUCGGGUCAUUCACCUUGGUGUCUGAUGUGCUGUUUGACCUGUUAUGUGAUGAAGGGAAGCUGGAGGAGGCUGAGAGGUGCUUCCAUCAAAUGAUUGCCUUAGGGCAGAAGCCGAGCUAUGUUGCAUUUAGAAGGAUAAAGAUACUUAUGCAGCUUGCCAACCGUGAAGAAUCUGUCGCCAGAUUAACUGCACAAAUGGCACAGUUUGGACUGUUGGCACUUGAGGAUUGCCAAAGGGUUAAAGCCAUUGGGGGGGGGGGGGGGGGGGGGGGGGGUAUCUAAAUUGUUCUGACUCCUCUAACCUUGGUGGCUAGAUCCGCCAUUGCAUCAGAAUAGUUAUGGAGCUGAUGCUGAUGCUGUAGUGAAACAUAGCAACAUAUUUGAAUCAUGACGAUGAUUACUUUGGUUGGAUAGGGACAUGACUGAAUGCUUUUGAGGAGUUCUGUCCUUUGAUAUGUUGUUCAAGCAGGUAUGAAAAUUUUGCAUGUGAUCGACAGAUAGCCAACUGGAUUAUUUUCAGUAUCGAUAGAUUAUGUUUCUGAAAGUUGACGUCGUGGAAGACCAUUCUAGCAUGCCUGUUGAGACAAAUGGUAUUCCAUCAUCAAUGUUAUCUCUGCAAGCUGAAUGCCUGGACGCAAGAUCACGAUUGCUUUAGACACACUUUUUUUUUUCAAAAUCAAGUCACUGUUGGUGUUAGUGUGGAUGAUCAUAGAGAAGUCAUGCUUGACUCUUCCCCCAGCUAGUUUAUCCUCUGUAUCUGUGAUGGAGAAAAUUUAUCCAAGCUUGAUUGGAAGAUUUAUCUUAAGAAAGAGGGAAGAAAUCAAAAAUAGAUGUCAAUGAUCACUUCUUCACCGCCGGUGGCUG